CUGCGGCCUCCUGUGGAAAACAACAAGUAGAUCAGAGCAUGGGUGUUUUUACGUGAGGUUUUACCGAUAUGCGCAUUUGCGACCGUUUUCGCAAUAUAGCUGGCAUAGAUUAUUUUCAGGCAACAAUAUAUCAAUUAUAACAAAAACUCAGGCUUUGAUAGUGUUUUGGGUAUUGUUUACGAACAGCAAUAAAAUAUUUUUUUUUACUUUGAAAAUUAAUUUCAUUUUCGAUAGUGUCCGUAAUUGUCCGGGAAACAUUCCGGAAAACAAUCUAUAGUCGGUUAAAAAGCUCACCAGAGCUUAUGUUACUUUAAAUUGUCUUGCUGACUCAAAAUAAAUCUUAUCUUAUUUUAACAAUCGCGAAUAUUUUAAUACGCAAUACCUACCAACAACCGGAACAAUUAAAUCACACCUCUCCCACGCUAUGACGUCAGCACAUCGUCCAAUCAAAUAUUGCUGAUACGCCCAUCCAAUCAGAGUCGCAUAGACAAAAUAAUAAUAAAAACCAAGCCCUCUAUUCACCAUAAGUUACUUUUUAGGCUGAGAUGUCAGACAUACAGCAUAACAAUUUCUGGUAUAUAUAACUUCUGGCCACAGGAAAUCUUUCGACUGCAUUGAUGUUUGUUAAACAUAACCAGCAAUUUUUAGAUAUAAAUAUAGGGAGCGGUCGGUAUACUCGUAAAUAACCAAUAGAAGUUGUGCGGAAAAAGUUCGGCGGAUAAAUCUGCUUCACUGAAAACUGUCAUUAUUGAUAUUCUUUUAGAAUACGAAUUUAGUAGAUUGAAACCGUUUCGCGGUUCAAACUAAAACCCUGCAGGUGAAGUAUACUUAAUACUGCCAGAAAGUUUUGUCAUUGCAUUUGUUACGGGUACUACAACGAAAUAAUAAGUAAAAAGAAAAACGUACGACAUAAGUUAUCUAAAUAAAUACUAUACAAGAAAAAGUUCUUUGGGAAAAAUUUUCUUUUGGUAUAUAUUCACCUACUUUGUUUUAUCUAUAUAUGCAAUAUGGAUAUCCAGACAUAUAAUGUACCAGUACAUUAUUUCCCCCGCUUUGAAUAUGCGACUGUUAACUCAGCAGAGCUUCACAAAAGAUUUGACAACAUUCAUGCAAUUCCGAAAACUGGAGAUACGUUAGAAGCACCCAUUUUCGACUUUGUUGAGAUCAACAUCUGCAAACACACGAGUGAAAGUAACUAUCCAGCAUCGUUCAACGACAUAAUCGCAGACAGAAAUAUAAAUGACAAAGAUAAGUUUCCAAGUCGGAGGAAAAGAAUUAAGCAUAAUGAUAUAUCGCUGAUGAUUUUGUCGUCGAGCACCAAUGAAGACAUUCCGGAUACAGAUAGCAUUAAAGUUUACGUUGCAAGUGGGAUGGAAGACGAAGCAAAAACUAUAAAAUAUAUAGAAAAGUUUGGGAGUUGCCAUGACAUUGUAACUCAAAAUGGAAAUAUCUCGCAGGCUGUUUGCAACUUGUUAGAACGAAUUGCGCUAAAACCGUUGAAACCAAAAUGUGAAAGUCUGAAUUCAUUUCUUCAUGGUAAUGGAACCAUUGUAAGAAAGAGAACGAAAUCAGCAGCCCACCAACGGACGGACCAUAAACGAUUUUGCAAAUAUCCCAGCAGCGGUGGCAAUGUGUCAAGAAACGAACACCGAGAUUAUGACGUAGACAGUUGCAACUAUAUUGGAGAAACGGGAAAUAUAAUGUCUAAAUAUCGACAAGGCAACAUAGAUAUGCAAGAUGCUGAAAGCCUUCUAGAGGAGAUGUUGGCUUUAUUUGACAUAAGCAAUGUACCUGAAUGUGAUAAACCAGUCGUGACAAAGAAAGAAAACAUGCAAAUAAGUGAAAAGUUAAGAAAAUCCCUUUUUGCACUGAGCCCUUCAAUCAAGCGUAUAGGGUACCGCUAUAACAAGUUCUAUGUUUAUGCGGUGAAAGAGAUGAAAGAAUAUGAAAUGGAACGUAAUCAAAAAAUCAAAGAGGUUCUGAAGGAAAAUGGAAUUGAUGAAUGUGAAAUAGCUCCUUGUUCUGAACAUAUCAAAGAAUUAGUUCAUGUUGGAGCAAAGAUAAGGGCCGGGGAAACAAAAUAUGGAACACUCAGUUGUUUUGUAAAUAUUCAAGACAGACGGAGACGUCGAGAAAGACAGGGCUUUGUUCUGUCAAAGCAUGUUGCACAAGAUUGCACGAAUGUUUACAUAUCAAAUGGAAGAAGACAGCUAGGCACAAUUUUACCGGAAACAAACAGAUAUGAGCACGGGAGUCUUGACAUAGCUGCUGCAGAGCUGCAUGAAGAAAUACGGCAGAUAGAUACAAAGUUUAGAGAUUCAAGAGCUGAUUCACUUAACGGUUGUCUGCAUCGGUAUACCGGGACAGAUAAGAUUGUACGCAAAGGAAGAAAAGUACAUAUUUGGGGAGCAAACUCAAGGCCAGGACUGGGAGUAAUUACGGCGCCUGAAGUAAUUUAUGAUGGAAUGAAGAAUCCGCUGAUUCAAGUGGAAGAUAAAGACUUGACUAAUGGAAUGCGAUUCGCCGAAGAAGGUGAUAGUGGGGCUAUAGUAUGCGCGGAUGAUCCAGACAAGAAAUGCGUUCAUGCUUUGGCCAUGGUAGUUGGUACACCGAUAGAUAAAACGAGUGAAGAGAGUGCAAAUUCGAAACGAGAGUAUCUAACGCUUCCACUAUCGAAGGGGUUUGAACAGAUAGAGAAGGCAAUUAACGGCGAUAUUGAGCUGAUUUAGAAUGAUAAGUAAUUAACUUAAACUGAGUUUACUCUAAUUAACCUCGCAAACGUUGCAACAAGUAUAGGAUACAUUUAUCACUGUACCAGUUUGAGGUUUGAAAUAGAGCUACAGUAACCAAGCAGUAACCAUGUAGUGGACUAAUACGUUUACAAAUACAAUACCUAUAUGUUAUAUGUGUGCCACUGAAAUGAUCAUUUAUGAUAUAAUAAUAAUAGUAAUAUAGAAAUUUGUUAUAGUAUUAAGUAAUAAAAAUCUUUAUUCUGAACACCAAGAAUGCUCUGCAUUUACGUACAUAAGUCUCUCUAACCUAUAAAAGAAAAGGUACUGUCAAAAUGUGGGCCAAUUUGACAAGAAAAACUGAAUUGGUCGUCCGCUCAACUUUAUUACGCUUAAAAUUAUUAUCCAUUUGCUUUUCCAUAUUAAAAGUGCAUGUAGCCAUUGCUUUAACUUUUACAUUUACACAUAUGUUUAUGCUCUCCUUUAACUGAGCAUUUAAGAUACAUGUAUCAGCCUUUCGUUAAACGUAAUUAGGUUCACCAAUAAACAAACUACUUAAACAAAAUUAUUCAAACUAUUGAAAAUAGCGUUCAAUAAUCAUACACAUUUGAAUAUAACACAUCUAUUUAUAUAUUAUAUCAUUUGUUUGAUUCUUUUAACCUUUGAUGUUCAU